AUGCCGGACCCCGCGGCGCACCUGCCCUUCUUCUACGGCAGCAUCUCGCGCGCCGAGGCCGAGGAGCACCUGAAGCUGGCGGGCAUGGCCGAUGGGCUGUUCCUGCUGCGCCAGUGCCUGCGCUCGCUGGGCGGCUACGUGCUGUCGCUGGUGCACGACGUGCGCUUCCACCAUUUCCCCAUCGAGCGCCAGCUCAACGGCACCUACGCCAUCGCGGGCGGGAAGGCGCACUGCGGCCCCGCCGAACUCUGCGAGUUCUACUCGCGCGACCCCGACGGGCUGCCCUGCAACCUGCGGAAGCCCUGCAACCGGCCAUCGGGCCUCGAGCCGCAGCCCGGAGUCUUCGACUCCCUGCGCGACGCCAUGGUGCGUGACUACGUGCGCCAGACGUGGAAGCUGGAGGGUGAGGCCCUGGAGCAAGCCAUCAUCAGCCAGGCCCCUCAGGUGGAGAAGCUCAUUGCCACGACAGCCCACGAGCGGAUGCCCUGGUACCACAGCAGCCUGACGCGCGAGGAGGCUGAGCGCAAACUCUACUCCGGCGCUCAGACGGACGGCAAGUUCCUGCUGAGGCCCCGGAAGGAGCAGGGGACAUAUGCACUGUCCCUGGUCUACGGGAAAACCGUGUACCACUACCUCAUCAGCCAGGACAAGGCGGGCAAAUACUGCAUUCCGGAAGGCACCAAGUUCGACACGCUCUGGCAGCUGGUGGAAUACCUGAAGCUGAAGGCGGACGGGCUCAUCUACUGCUUAAAGGAGGCGUGUCCCAACUCCAGCGCCAGUGCCGCUGCAGGGACCGCUGCUCCCACACUCCCGGCCCACCCAUCCACGUUCACCCGGCCUCAGAGACGGAUGGACACCCUCAACUCAGAUGGGUACACCCCGGAACCAGGGUACACCCCUGAGCCAGCGCGCCUAGCUUCCCCAGAGAAGCCGCGGCCGAUGCCCAUGGACACGAGCGUGUAUGAGAGCCCCUACAGCGACCCCGAGGAGCUCAAGGACAAGAAGCUCUUCCUGAAGCGUGAGAACCUCCUCGUGGCUGACAUUGAACUUGGCUGCGGCAACUUCGGCUCCGUGCGCCAGGGCGUCUACCGCAUGCGCAAGAAGCAGAUCGACGUGGCCAUCAAGGUGCUGAAGCACAGCACGGAGAAGGCGGACAAGGACGAGAUGAUGCGUGAGGCACAGAUCAUGCACCAGCUGGACAACCCCUACAUCGUGCGGCUCAUCGGCGUGUGCCAGGCCGAGGCGCUCAUGCUGGUCAUGGAGAUGGCGGGUGGCGGGCCCCUGCACAAGUUCCUGCUGGGGAAGAAGGAGGAGAUCCCCGUGAGCAACGUGGCCGAGUUGCUGCACCAGGUGUCCAUGGGGAUGAAGUACCUAGAAGAGAAGAACUUUGUGCACCGUGACCUGGCGGCCCGCAACGUCCUGCUGGUCAACCGGCACUACGCCAAGAUCAGCGACUUCGGUCUCUCCAAGGCGCUGGGUGCCGACGACAGCUACUACACGGCCCGCUCAGCGGGGAAGUGGCCGCUCAAGUGGUACGCGCCCGAGUGCAUCAACUUCCGUAAGUUCUCCAGCCGCAGUGACGUCUGGAGCUACGGAGUCACCAUGUGGGAGGCCUUCUCCUACGGCCAGAAGCCCUACAAGAAGAUGAAGGGCCCCGAGGUCUUGGACUUCAUCAAGCAGGGCCGGCGGAUGGAGUGCCCACCGGAGUGUCCACCCGAGAUGUAUGCGCUCAUGAGCGACUGCUGGAUCUACAAGUGGGAGGACCGUCCAGACUUCCAGGCGGUGGAGCAGCGCAUGCGGGCCUAUUACUACAGCCUGGCGAGCAAGGCGGAGGGGGCCCCGGCGGGCGGCCAGGGCGCAGAGGCUGCCUGUGCCUGA